AUGUCUACCGUUACCAAGUGUCACGCCAGAUACGUUUACGACUCAAGAGGAAAUCCAACUGUUGAGGUCGAUUUGACUACUGCCAAUGGCCUUUUCAGAGCCAUUGUUCCUUCCGGAGCCUCCACAGGUGUCCAUGAAGCUCUUGAAUUGAGAGAUGAAGACAAGUCUAGAUGGCUUGGAAAAGGUGUUUUGAAGGCUGUUGCCAAUGUCAACGACAUCAUUGUUCCAGCAAUUCUUAAAGCAAAAAUCAAUGUCACUGAACAGACUAAGUACGAUGACUUUUUGAACUCCUUGGAUGGUACUCCAAACAAGGGUAAGUUGGGUGCUAAUGCUAUCUUGGGUGUCUCCUUGGCUGUUGCCAAGGCUGGUGCUGCUGUUAAAGGUCUUCCAUUGUAUCAGUACAUCUCUGACCUUGCCGGAUCCAAGACACCAUAUGUGUUGCCAGUUCCAUUUUUCAAUGUUUUGAACGGUGGUACUCAUGCCGGUGGUGCUUUGGCUUUCCAGGAGUUUAUGAUUGCUCCAAUUGGUGCCAAGUCUUUCCAUGAAGCUAUGGAGAUUGGUGCUGAGAUUUACCAGCAUAUGAAGAAGUUGGCCAAGAAGCAUUACGGUCAAUCCGCUGCUAACGUUGGUGAUGAAGGUGGUGUUGCUCCAGAUAUUCAAUCUCCAAAGGAAGCUUUGGAUUUGAUUAUGGAGGCUGCUAAGGCUGCUGGCCAUGCCGACAAGAUUGGUAUCGCCAUGGACUCUGCUUCUUCUGAAUUCUACAAGAAUGGUAAAUAUGACUUGGACUUCAAGAAUCCAAAGUCUGAUGGUUCUAGAGCCCUUACUGGUACUCAAAUGGGUGAAUUAUACGCUGAUUUGAUCAAGAACUACCCAAUUGUUUCCCUUGAGGACCCAUACGCUGAGGAUGACUGGGCUACUUGGACUGAUAAUUUCCCUAAGACCAAGGUUCAAAUUGUCGGUGAUGAUUUGACUGUUACCAACCCUAAGAGAAUUGCCAUGGCCGUUCAGAGAAAGGCAUGUGAUGCUUUGCUUUUGAAGGUUAACCAGAUCGGUACCUUGACUGAGUCUAUUCAGGCCGCCAAGGAUGCUUACGCUGCCGGCUGGGGUAUCAUGGUUUCCCACAGAUCUGGUGAGACUGAGGACACCUUUAUUGCUGACCUUGUUGUUGGAUUGAGAACUGGACAGUUGAAGUGCGGUGCUCCAGCUAGAUCCGAGAGAUUAGCCAAGUACAACGAGUUGAUGAGAAUUGAAGAGUCUUUGGGUGGCAAGUCUAUCUUUGCCGGUAAGUACUUCCAUACUGCCAACAAGAUGUAA